AUGCACAAACUCUCUAGUCUUUCUCACUCCGCCGAGCGAACCUUCUCCACAGAAACUGUUGUUCUUCAGCUCAAUUCAUCAAAGACAGUUGAGCAAUGGCGUCUCUCCAGAAACUCCUUCUCCUCUCUCUACUCUUCCACUCCCUUCUCAUCAUCAAAUGCGAUGAUGACGAAGACAACCUUCUUCAGGGAAUUAACCAGUACAGAUCAUCCUUGAACUUGACAGCCCUAACCAAGAAUGACAGAGCAGAAUGCCUUGCUGAUGAAAUAGCAGAGCAGUUCAAGAACCAACCUUGUACCAACACAACAGGUUCCAACACCGUACCAGGCACUGAACCCCAGUACUCCGACUAUCCCAAACUUCUAGCAAAAUGCCAUUUGAAUGUUACCACCACGAGAGACGGGCAAAUAAUGCCCGCUUGUGUUCCCAACCUGGAUUCAGGUCUUGUUCUUUCCAAUUUCACAAAGUCACAGUACUCAGGCUACCUAAACGGCACCCAGUACACUGGCAUUGGGAUUGGAUCUGAAGAUAACUGGAUAGUUGUUGUCUUGACUACAAGCACACCUGAAGGAAAUUACUCGCCCGGCACUAACUCAGACAAUGGGGCAGCCAGCCUUACCACCAUCAGCCAUAUCGUGUUUUUAUUCAUCAGUUUUUUGCUGUUAUUAUGAAGGGAUUUGUGAACAUAUAUACAUAUAUAUUUGUUGGCAUGAGUUCUUUUUCUUGAGUGGAACAUUCUUCAUAGGCUUCAAAACCUGUAACUUGUGAUUGGAUCAAAAUUAAGGUUCUAGUUGCAAAAUAAUCCUGUUACUCUGACA